GGAGCUGGUGGAAGAAAAGUCUCAGAGACUCAAGCAGCAAGCACCAGUAGGAGACCAGGACUUCUAGCUGGCUCUCCAACACCACCGCUCCACGGAGGGGUGGGGAGGACGAGGAGGGCGACCCCAGCGUCCAGAGGAGAGGCAGGGUGUGCAGGUACAUCACCUGGAUCAUGAGGUCAUCCCUCUGCUGGCUCCUUCCACUUCUCCUCAUCCUGGCCUCCGUGGCCCAAGGCCAACCAACAAGACGCCCGAAACCUAGUGCCAGACGCAAGCCCAAGCCAAAGCCCACCCUCAGCUUUCCUUAUCCUGAUGAACCUGCGGAGCCUACAGACCUGCCCCCACCCCUCCCACCCGGCCCACCAUCCAUCUUCCCUGACUGUCCUCGGGAAUGCUACUGCCCUCCCGACUUCCCGUCGGCCCUCUACUGCGACAGCCGCAACCUGCGCAAGGUCCCUGUCAUCCCCCCUCGCAUCCAUUACCUCUACCUGCAGAACAACUUCAUCUCCGAGCUGCCCGUGGAGUCCUUUAGGAAUGCCACAGGGCUGAGAUGGAUGAACCUGGACAACAACCGAAUUCGCAAGGUGGACCAGAGAGUGCUGGAGAAGCUCCCCAGCCUGAUCUUCCUCUACAUGGAGAAGAACCAGCUGGAAGAGGUGCCCUCAGCCCUGCCCCGGAACCUGGAGCAGCUGCGACUGAGCCAGAACCUCAUCUCCAGGAUCCCACCCGGUGUCUUCAGCAAGCUGGAAAACCUGCUGCUCUUGGACCUGCAGCACAACAAGCUGAGCGACGGCGUGUUCAAGCCCGACACCUUCCAGGGCCUCAAGAACCUCAUGCAGCUCAACCUGGCCCACAACAUCCUGAGAAAGAUGCCACCCAAGGUCCCCUCGGCCAUCCACCAGCUCUACCUGGACAGCAAUAAGAUCGAGACCAUUCCCAAUGGAUACUUCAAGAACUUCCCCAACCUGGCCUUCAUCCGCAUGAACUACAACAAACUGUCAGACCGGGGGCUCCCCAAGAACUCCUUCAAUCUCUCCAACUUGCUCGUGCUCCACCUGUCACACAACAGGAUCAGCAACGUGCCGGCCAUCAACAACAAGCUGGAACACCUGUACCUCAACAACAACAGCAUCGAGAAAAUCAAUGGGACGCAGAUCUGCCCUAACAACCUAGUGGCCUUCCAUGACUUCUCUUCAGAUCUGGAGAACGUACCGCAUCUGCGCUAUCUGAGACUGGACGGGAACUUCCUGAAGCCACCUAUCCCACUGGACCUCAUGAUGUGUUUCCGCCUCCUGCAGUCUGUGGUCAUUUAGGGCUUGCCUAGGGCUGGACCUCCUCUGAUGGCACUUGAAGGCUGGUGGCCCAGGCUGUGGUGUCCACCAUUUCUCUAUCUCCCUUUCUUCUUCCCAGCCUUGCCUUUCUUAAUCCCCUUUCCUGAGGAUGGGAUGUGCCAUGUGUUCUGCUAUAGCUCUGAAGCAAGAUUCCCCACCUAGUUCCAAGGCCCCUCUGCCCACUCAAACUUCUGGCUUUCUCGGGUGUCCCUUUGCUCCAGAAAUACAAUUGUAUGGCUACAGAUUUCACCACCACCACCACCACCCCCCCCCCCCGCUGUCUUCUCCUCCACCAAUCAAUCUAUCCUGGGUAAGACUGGGCCAUGGAUUGACAUCUGAUUUUGAUUCUGGCCAAAUAAAAAGCAGAAGAUGGCCCAGGGCCACCCGGAGGUGAGCUUCAGAAAGGUUCAGCUGGGGACUCCUUCAUCUUAGGCAGCUUGGCAUCAGAAGACUGAGAAACCCAGGUCUGUUCAAAGAAGUAUCCCUUCUUCCAGAACAACUGCUCCCCCACUCUGCUGGCCCACAUUCUCCAAGAAGAAAGCGUGAGGGAAUGACUGAAGUGGGUGGGGAGGGUCACGGUUCCCACAGGCACCUGCAUCUGGGCCAUCUCAACCCAGGAAUGCAUUGGAAGCCUCUCCCACUUUCUCCUUUCCCAGGGCUCACACUGCACUCAUCCUCCUUGCUGAGCCUCAAAAGGGGAACAGCCAAGGACACGAGUGGUUCCAGGAACUAGAGUUUAGCUACAGGAAGAGGGUUGGAGGUCAGAGCCCCAGGAUGGGCCUGUGUGGGUGUAGAUGCGCUUGCAACCUUGACAAAAUGCCAGAGGCCCUAGGGGACACGCUCACGGUGGAGAGACAAGAGGCGAUGCCUUCCCACCAGCUGUUGUCUGUUAUGCGGGCCUGGUCACGUCCCACCCGGAGACAGACUUUAAGGAGAGGCAGAGCACCUGGAAAUCUCCCAGAAGCCUCUUGCACAUUCGCAGUUGGCCUUCAUCUCUACGACAGACACAUUAGUGACACCUGGUGGCUGCUGAAGGUCACAGCUGGCUCUGGUCUUCUCAGGGUCUCCCCGGAGUGGUGAUGGAAGCUGGUGAUGGAGUUGGAAGCCAUUUUCAGCCUGCAAGAGCCAUAGGUGACGGGCUCCUCCCGGGUUGAAGGAGGCAGGCAGAGGCAGGAGCUGGUUCCUAUUGUGAGUGGUCACAAACGGGAAAGGCUCAGGAGCCCAGAUGAAGCUACAGUCUGACCUCGGUCCUUCUGCUGUCAGCUCCCCCAUCUGUAAACCCAGGCAGGUAGUAGGUGGGAUGUUCCUCCAAGGUCUCCCCAGAGUUUGUGUUUCAGGUCUGUGCCCCCCACACACGCAAAGCCCAUGCCUAAUUCAGGAAAACAAAAUCCUAUUACUCCUUCCCUUGUAAUUUAUUCCCUUUGUGGACUGCACGGACUGUCCCUCCCCCAGAGACCUCCCAGCCUCUUUCGCUGGGACAGUGAGCCACUUGGCAGGUUUCUAAGUGGAAUCCGGACUGCUGGCCUCCCUCUAGGUGAUGCUCUCCCUUCCCAGUCCCCAGAGUGUGUAUGCUAGAGGAGAGUGUGCAGAAAGAAUAUCCUAGAAGUGACACACAGGGCUCACCUUCACCGAGACAAGCAAAGCUCUGGCAGUUUUGAAGAAAUUGGAUUCAGAUGGGUCCCGAACAUGCAGAAACCCCAUUUGUACCCUUGCUCUUUUUUCUUACCCUUUUUGCUUAUUAUAGGAAACAGGGCCUAUGUCAACAGAGCCUCCUUUCCCCAGUCCUGUGCAACCGCCUCGUUCUUUCCUCGUUGCAGCUGGGUUCUCCAAGGCUCCUGCUUCAAGUCAGUGCAUUAUUAUGGCUGAAAGCAAUCUGGUGCUAUGGCCUGGAUAAGCCCCUUUCUGCACAUGUUUUCACCUUGCAACUCAGCCCCUUUGGUGAAGCUCUCGGGGAGCACAGCUCCCGUGGUUGCCCAUGGCUUUUCCUGCAACUAUCUGUUUUGCUUGAGCAGCCAUACAACCAUCAAUCGCCAUAUUCCAUCGAUUCAUCUGGAACAUUCCAGCUUCCUCCACUGUUCUCUGCAGCUGUCAGCCAGGGGGGCAAUGAAACUGGCUUUACAGAAUUCCCCCCCCACACACACACACUCACACUGUGCUGGUUUCCUUUGGGUGUAGCAAGGCCCUCCUCCUCACACAAGUAGGUUCCCUCAGUGCUGUCCUAUAUGGAGGUGCGCAUGUGUACCCCGUAGGUAGAUCUAUCUCCUGAAGACCAUAUUGCUGUGUGGAACGGCCUUCACAUUUCAACACGCUUCGUAGCAGUGGAAAUAAAGUCAUAUGAAAAACA